GCCAUGGAGGCCCCGGCGCCGCCGAGCGAGCUGGUAUCCGAGGAGGGCCGGAACCGGAAGGCGGUGCUGUGCCGGCGCUGCGGCUCCCGCGUGCUGCAGCCGGGCACGGCGCUCUUCUCCCGCCGGCAGCUCUUCCUCCCUUCCAUGAGGAAGAAGCCGGCGCUGGCCAGCGGCAGCGGUCCGGAGGGCGACCUCCUGCAGGAGCACUGGCUGGUGGAGGACAUGUUCACUUUCGAGAACGUGGGCUUCACCAAGGACGUGGGCAACAUCAAGUUCCUGGUCUGUGCAGACUGUGAGGUGGGCCCCAUCGGCUGGCACUGCCUGGAUGACAAGGACAGUUUCUACGUGGCUUUGGACCGGGUUUCCCAUGAGUGACGGGGGGCGCAGCUCCCCCUGCUAUUAAAGCUUUCCCCGGGGACCGCCCUGUCGCCUGCUCUGCGCUGACGUCCAUCGUGAGCGCCACCCGCCCGUCCAGCCCAGGCCCACGUGCCUCCUUGUGGCCUCUGCGCAGGCGCUCGCUUAGGUCCUCUCCCCCUCCACUCUCCCGGCUCCAGGACACGGUACUCCCGCAGAUCUUCCCUCCCGCGCCGGCCUCCCUGUCUCCCACUCAGGAGUUAGCCGCUGUCCGCCCUGAGGACACGUGACCCGGAGCACUCACGACUGUGCUGACCACUGAAGCGUGCCUCUGGGUCUCCUUCAGGAAAGCACGCGAGCACCUCAGAGCGACUCGUGUGGCUGACUUUGUCUACAGUAAUUUAUUCUCUGAGAGUAAAUCAUUUCCAGACUGCAGGAUUCCAGCCACCCCUCAGAAGUACCUUACUUUGGACACACAUCUGAGACCACCUCGGGGGCCUCUCCUGGGGCUGAUGGAGACUUCAUUGUGCAGGCGGACGUGGCCCCCUUCCCUUCACACCCUGCUGUGGUUUCUCUCUGGGUCAGCUCGUCACUGCUGUCAGUAAGCUGCAAAUCCGGUGUGCGCUUCUGUCUGUCGGCCACGCCAAGGAGACCCCGGCCCUGGCUGUGCACCCGGCAUCUCCCAGGACAAGUGGAGAGGGUGGAGUGCUGGGGGCGGCCUUUGCCGUAUCUCGCACAGCUUUCUGUGUGGUUUUCCUGGACUCGUAAGCCUUCCGGGGCACCCACGGGAGGCGACACAGUCGGCACAGAGCUGGCUCAGCAGGGCUCUCCAGGGGCCAGACCUCCAUCCAGUGCCUCUUGUCGUGGUGGGGCUGCUCUGACAGUUCCACGUUCAGCACCCUUCUCGGUUCUGCCGUCUCUCUGAGAUGCCUCACCGGCUCAGGAGUCCAUGAGGCCAGGUUCUCGGCCUCCUCCCACAUUCCCUGCCUCCGAGGCUCAGGAGGCUAGAACGGGAGCGAGGACGCAAUGGAGACCUUACAGACAUUCCUUUCCCCAUUUUCCAGCUGCUUUCUCCGUCCUCCCCCCAGAACUUACUCUAAGGGUCCCCCACUAAAGUGCGGGCCUUGGACACAGUUUUGCAACCAGCCUCUCACCUGGGCAGGUGGCUUCAGUCCCGGCUGUAGACUCACAGGCUCUGGAAGAAAACCGAUUUGCAGGAGGGCGGUCAGGCGUCCGUGAUUGCAUUUUGGAGAAAAACUGAGCAUAUCCCCUCAGGUCAGAAGGGACAAACCACGUAGAUGCCUCUGGGGACAUACAGCCCCUCAAAUUAUGAGCCAAAACCUGGGCAGUGUUUUUUAAAUUAGACUUUUCCUUUCCUUUCCUUAAUCACAGAAACGGUAUACAGUCAUUGCAGAUAAAUACAGACGUGUGCAUGAAGUUGUUUCUAAUCACUCAUACUUGCGCCAUCCGGAGACUGCUGACGGUGACGUGUGUACAUUCCUGUCAGUGGUUUCCUGCGUGUACUCAUGUAGGAUUUUCAAAAACAAAUAUGAGGUCAUAUUUUUUCUCAUAACUUAACUUUUUCCAUCUAACAAAGUACAGGCUUCCCACGCAGGAAACAUGCACCUCUGCCCACCAUCGUGGUGAGCAGCCACUUGUACUUCUGUGCUGUGACUUGUUUAAACGAUCCACUGUUAGACUGCCUCCGGUUUCUCGUAAAUCAUCUGAUGCCAGUUGACUGUCCACGCUUUCCUAUCACUUCCUCGCGCUCGUGAGCUGUGGGCUCGUGGGGUGGGCGGUGUCCCUGGGCUCCGCUUCCUGACGCAGCGCCUUGGAGUGGCGGAGCCCCUCAGCCUCCUGCCGGGCAGCUCCUCACGUGGUAUUUAUCAUCUUAAAUGAACAUGCUGCUACUGUGAUGGGAGGAAUGAUAGUGUCUUGUUUUCAUUUGUGCUCAUUGCUAAUGAGUAUUUGACAUACUUGCCAUUUGUGUUUCUUUUUUUGAGAAUUGCCAAACAUUGUUCCUCCAGUAGCCAAAAAUAUAGUUGUUUCUCUGCCUUUUCAGCUUGAUUUGAAAGAAAUAAAUGCAUUUAAGCAGUGGCAA